UCUGCAGUCUGUGGAGACAGGUGAGCGACGAACUCCUGAGACAGGUGUGAGUGUGAGGGUCGGGAGGGUCAUGGGAUUGGGACCAAGGUGUGAGGAGGGAAUCUGCAAUUCCUUGCUACACAGAGCGCUGGCAACUUCUGACAGGCUGUUUUGGGGGUAUGGGCUGCCUCGGGUUGUUGCUGUUACAAGGAAAAAGGGUUCCCCUGCCCACCGCCUCCCAGCCACUGGGCUAAUUCCUGGCAGGAAACUUGCAAACUGAGUUUAACGAGUUAGGAUCAGCAGAGGGUAGAGGAAGGCCCUGGCAGAUGUGGGGUCUAUCUAGAAGAGGACAGGAGUUAUCAGGGCCUCUGGCCACUGUGCUGGGCCUUUGCCUGUACAAUUGUUUCUCAAGCAGUCGUGUCCCUGUGGCUGUGGUGCGCCUGUGUGCACUUUCUCCCUCCACCUGGAGCAUGGGCUGACACCGGAGGAAAGGAAAAGACAGAGUCAGACAGGGAGCCUGGGGAGGGGCCAUGGUGCCAAUGUACUUAUUGGGGAGACUGGAGAAGCCGCUUCUCCUCCUGUGCUGCGCCUCCUUCCUACUGGGGCUGGCUUUGCUGGGCAUAAAGACGGACAUCACCCCUGUUGCUUAUUUCUUUCUCACAUUGGGUGGCUUCUUCUUGUUUGCCUAUCUCCUGGUCCGGUUUCUGGAAUGUGGGCUUCGGUCCCAGCUCCAAUCAAUGCAGACUGAGAGCCCAGGGCCCUCAGGCAGUGCACGGGACAAUGAAGCCUUUGAAGUGCCAGCCUAUGAAGAGGCCGUGGUGGGACUGGAAUCCCAGAGCCGCCCCCAAGAGUUGGACCAACCACCCCCCUACAGCACUGCUGUGAUACUCCCAGCACCUGAGGAUGAACAACCUAGCCAUCCAGAGGGGUCCAGGAGAGCCGGACUGGAACAGAGGCGAAUGGCCUCAGAGACUAUGGCCCAGGAAGGAAGCCCUGAAAGAGCUCCAAUCAGCCUUCGGCUUCGGGGACCACGGGCUGUGUCCACUGCUCCUGAUCUGCAGAGCUUGGGGGCACUCCCCAGAUUAGAGCCCCUGACUCCACCCCCUGCCUAUGAUGUCUGCUUUGGUCAACCUGAUGAUGAUAGUGUUUUUUGUGAAGACAACUGGGCACCCCCUUAAACGACUCUCCCAAGAUUUCUCUUCUCUCCACACCAGACCUCGUUCAUUUGACCAACAUUUUCCAGUGCCUACUAUGUGUCAGAAACAGUGUUUCUGGCUGAAUAUCAUAAAUGGGGACUUGGACCCUGAGGAAAGUCAGGCCACGGUAAGCCCUUCCCAGCUGAGAUGUGGGUGGCAUAAUUUGAGUCUUCUGGCAACAUUUGGUGACCUACCCCAUAUCCAAUAUUUCCAGCGUUAAAUUGAGGAUGAGGUAGGGAGGUGAUCCAGAGAAGGUGGAGAAGGAAGACGUAACCUCUGAGUGACGGCUAUUGCUUCUGUUCCAGGUGCUGUUCGAGCUGUUAGAUCCCUUAGGCUUGCCAGCUUUGUGAGUUAUUAUUGGAAAAUGAGGAUUCCAAGAGUCAGAGGAGUUUGAUAACGUGCACGAGGGUACACUGCUAGUAAAUAACAUUAACUCCUCAUCCCAAAGCCUAUUGUGUUUUCAACACAAGAUAAUAGGAAGCCAAGCCACGUGCAUGUCUCCCAAUCCCUGUCUAGGGACAGCUGCUGGUGCAGGGUGGAAGACUUCCUAUAAACAGAAUGGGGGACCAAUUGUGUCUACAGAGGGGGUGGGCUGAGCAUGGGCACGCAUGUCCCCAGCCUCCUGGACGAGCAAACUCAGUCAACGCUCUGGUGAUCCUUGCUCCGCAUGGGUAGCAGUGUCUGUGCCUCUCCUGCCCAGGUGCUAGAGAGCAGUCCCCAGUGCAGGGUCCCCAAUGUAUUUGAAAACAGUGGAGUCAGUGGCCCUAGGUGGAGGGUGGGUAUGAAGGCCAGAAAGAGUGAAACAUGUGAGCUUUCUGGCCAGGAGAUUCCCUCUUGAAUCAUCCAUAUGAAGCCCCGGGGCCACUUGCGAAGCGUCUCUAAUAGCUUCUUCCUCACUCCUGCGCUCUGACCGCUAGACUUUCACCCCAGCCGCCGGUCCGGAUUCCUGAGAUCCCAAUAUUGAGCACCAGGUUUCCUGGAAUUGUGUGCUGCGGCUGUGAUGUAGGUUUCGGUCGCAGGAAGCUGCUAAACCAUAGCUGACGCCCCCUCCUAAGCCAGCCUUCCUUCCCCGCGCGGGUAUCUGUCCAGCACCUUGUCGCGCUCAGUCUCCUCCGCAGCCUGGCCCCAACCGUUCAACUUCAAUAAAGCAAAACUCCAGCCA